CGAUGGGUUUUGGUGAGCACACCAACAGAUGGCACAGACGACAUUUAUCCAAUGUUUGUGUACAUAAGGUCACCUUGAAAUGUCAAAAAUAUGUCACCUUGUUACCUCAUUUUUGCGUAAUUGAAGAUCAGUUGAUUCGCUCGUUUGGUGUAUCAAGUUUGGUCUCUCAAUCAUACUGUGCACUCUCCGGGUCCAUAACACACUAAGAAAACUAUUUAUUGACUGCUGCAAGUAAGACGUAUAUCGGCUUUGUCAGUCGCUUUUCUAAAAUAAAACAUACAUUUUGGAAUAUAACUAUUGAAUUUUAAAAUAAGUGCUGUGUGAAUACUGAUAAUUUCGUUCAAAUGACUUUUGAGAAGAAACCGAUGGCUGAAUUAAGAAAUCACCGCUUCAUUGCCCGCGGGUCACACAAGGGCAAGGGGCUGGCUGUGCUAACAAGUGGCGGUGAUUCGCAGGGUAUGAAUGCAGCCGUACGUGCAUGUGUGCGUAUGGGCAUUUAUCUCGGUUGCAAGGUAUACUUCAUACGCGAAGGCUACCAAGGUAUGGUUGAUGGCGGUGAAAACAUCGAAGAAGCCAAUUGGGCAUCAGUAUCAAGCAUCAUUCAUCGAGGUGGCACUGUCAUCGGUUCUGCUCGAUGUGCUGCAUUCCGUACACGUGAAGGUCGCUUGCAAGCCGCAAACAAUCUCAUCAAACAUGGCAUCACAAAUUUGGUUGUCAUUGGUGGUGAUGGUUCAUUGACCGGUGCAAAUUUGUUCCGUCAAGAAUGGAGCAGUUUGUUGGACGAACUGUUGAAAGACAAGAAAAUUGACGAAGAACAACGCAAAAAAUAUGGUGUUUUACAUAUUGCUGGCAUGGUUGGUUCAAUUGAUAAUGACUUUUGUGGCACAGACAUGACCAUCGGCACAGAUUCGGCAUUGCAUCGUAUCAUCGAAGCCAUUGAUGCCAUCGUCAGCACAGCAUACUCACAUCAAAGAACAUUCAUUAUGGAAGUCAUGGGACGGCAUUGUGGUUACUUGGCCGUUGUAGCGGGAUUGUGUGGUGAAGCCGAUUAUAUAUUUAUCCCAGAGGAUCCACCAACUGCCGAUUGGCCGCAACGUUUAUGUAAACAAUUAUCACAGGAACGAAAUGCUGGUCAGCGUUUGAAUAUUAUCAUCGUUGCUGAAGGUGCCAUUGAUCGUGAUGGAAAUCCCAUUACCGCUGAACUGGUCCGUCAAACCGUCGUAUCCCAAUUGAAUCAAGACACUCGUAUCACUGUAUUGGGUCACGUACAACGUGGAGGCAAUCCAAGCGCUUUUGAUCGUGUUUUGGGAUGCCGUAUGGGAGCUGAAGCCGUUAUGGCUUUAAUGGAAGCUGAUGAAUCCGAAGUUCCAUGUGUCGUGUCAUUGGAUGGUAAUCAAGCUAUUCGUGUGCCAUUGAUGGAAUGUGUUGAACGUACACAAGCCGUUGCAAAGGCUAUGGCUGAGAAACAAUUUGAAUUGGCCGUUGAAUUGCGUGGACGUUCAUUCGCUCGUAAUUUGGAAACAUACAAAAUGUUGACUCGCUUAAAGCCACCAAAGGAAACACAGGAUGGAAAACCAGCCGAUGGAUAUCGUUUGGCUGUUAUGCACAUUGGAGCACCGGCUUGCGGUAUGAACGCAGCUGUUCGUUCAUUUGUGCGUAAUUGUAUCUAUCGUGGUGAUUCUGUCUUCGGUAUCCACGACGGUAUUGAAGGAUUGAUGGCUGGAAAUAUCAAACAGAUGCAUUGGUCUGAUGUGACUGGUUGGGUUGGUCAAGGUGGUGCUUUCCUUGGCACCAAACGUACCCUUCCCGAAGGAAAAUUCGAUAAAAUUGCAGCUAAAUUGAAAGAAUUCAAAAUUCACGGUCUAUUGAUUAUCGGUGGUUUCGAGGCGUACCAUGCUUGUGGCCAAUUGGCCGAUCAACGUGAAAAAUUCAAGGAAUUCUGUAUCCCAAUGGUUGUCAUCCCAUCGACUAUUUCGAACAAUGUUCCUGGAACGGAAUUCUCACUUGGUUGCGACACCGGUUUGAAUGAAAUCACCGAAAUUUGCGAUCGCAUCCGUCAAUCGGCCCAAGGUACAAAGCGACGUGUAUUUGUCAUUGAAACCAUGGGCGGUUACUGCGGCUACUUGGCUACAUUGGCUGGUUUGGCUGGUGGUGCCGAUGCUGCAUACAUUUUUGAAGAGAAAUUUUCGAUAAAGGAUUUGCAACAGGAUGUACAACACAUGGCAUCGAAAAUGAGCGAGGGCGUUCAACGUGGAUUGAUUUUGCGUAAUGAAAAGGCAUGCGAAAGCUACAACACGGAAUUCAUUCAUCGUUUGUACACAGAAGAAGGCAGAGGAUUAUUCUCGUCCAGAAUGAACGUAUUGGGACACAUGCAACAAGGCGGUUCACCAACACCAUUCGAUCGUAAUAUGGGCACCAAAAUGGCCGCUAAAUGCGUCGAAUGGAUGGUCGAACAAUUGAAAGCAUGCACCGGCGAUGAUGGCACAAUCAAUGCCGAUGGACCAGAAAGCGCUUGCUUGCUCGGCCUCGUUCGUCGUCAAUACCGCUUUACACCAGUCAAAGAACUUAUUCCUGAAACGAAUUUCCAGCAACGUAUCCCAAAACAUCAAUGGUGGUUGAAAUUGCGUCCACUUCUGCGUAUUUUGGCCAAACACGAUUCAACGUACGAAGAGGAAGGAAUGUACAUCACAGUUGAAGAGGAGUGUGCCAGUGAAGCCAACAUUAUUUAAAGAAGGAAACCAAAUCGACAAUUCAGUUUUCAAGAAGACUAUCUCUUGCGAACAAAUAUUUAAACAAAAUUCAACACACUAAUCAAACAAACCCAUUAAUUAUUGUAAAGAGGACAAAUGAAUGAUGAUUUAAAGCCAAAAAAAAAAACGAAAUUUUUUCGAAAACUACUCUGAUAACAUCUCAAACACAUCUCACUGAAUAUUACAACUGCCAGGGAGAGAAAGAGAAAAAUAAUAGUCGGCAUGACAAUACGUUUUUAUCGAUUGUUUAUUGGUGUCGUUGAAAAACGAUGCGUUCGCAAUAUGUACGUUUGCGUGGGUGUAUCGAAGCAGAUGAAUAUUUUGUGAGUGAAAAUGCUUUUUCAUAUAUUUAUUGAUGCACAAUUUAAAAACAAACAAAUAUUUCAUCUCAUGUUUUCAACACAUUGAACAAUGAAUACCUUGCAAAUACUUCGAUUGGGGUGUUGCACCGCUGCCGACGCCACCACCACCAUCGCUACCGUCGAAUCUGCUCUAAACAGUUAAAUCAACACAAACAGUCUAAAAAGAAUUGUUUUUUUUUUUUAAUUUAUAUAUUCCUUUUUUCGUCCACAUCAACGAGUAUUUUAAGAGAUAUAACGAGAGCCGACAGAAUCAAUGCGGGUGUUUAAUUGUGUUGUGUGUAGAACAAAAUUUAUUUUUCUAUUCCCUCAAUUGCAAGAGAAAAAAAAGAAAAGAAAAAAGAGUCAAGAAUUUAUUUUUUUUUUGUUUUUGUUUAAUUUAUUGUUUUUAAUUUCUAAGUAAACCAAUUUAUUUAUAUGAAACGAGGCUAUGCCUUUUGUUGCAGAGAAUAUUGUGACGAACUUUGGUGACGAACGAUUUAUUUUAUUGAAAAUUUGAACAAACAACAACAGAGAAGGACAUUUUCAAGGAAAAGUAAAAGUAAAAAAAAAUGUGCACAUGUCCUACUUGCACUUUAUUUAGAGAGUCAUGAUUUUAUGAAUUUAUCCAAAUAUUGUAUUAUAUGUUGUUAAACUAAAUGAAAAGUAUAAUAAAUAUUUCAUCAUUAGUAAA